AUGCAGCUCUUCCAUCUCCUGUUUGUCCUCCCUCUCGUCUCCGCCGUCAAUUUCAUCGCCGCCGACUCCCUCAUCCAAUGUGGUUCCAAUGACAAAUUCUCCGUCAGCAAAUUCUCCGUCCUCUUCACCCCCGACAAUACAACCCUCGCUGUCGGCAUCGUCGGCCAUACCGCCAUCCAUGGCAAGGUCGACCUGCAGGUCGACCUCAUCGUCUAUGGCUACAAGGCCUUGACCCAGCAUCUCGAUCCCUGCAAGAGUAAGGACCUCCAGGGCUUCUGUCCCAUGAGCCCCGGCGAUCUCAAGCUUGAGUCCGCCAAGAUUCCCAUCCCAAAGGAUGUUAUGUCCAAGAUCCCCAACAUCGCCUUCACUGUCCCCGACCUGGACGCCCGCGUACGCAUCAAUGUCAAUGAUCAACAGACGGGCGACAACAUCGCCUGCGUCGAGACUCAGCUCUCCAACAGCAAGACCGUCUACCAGGUCGGCGUCUCCUGGACCGUAGCCAUCAUCACCGGCCUGGGCCUGUUCAUGUCCGCCGUCUACUCCAUGCUAGGCCACUCGCAGACCGCCACCCACGUCGCCUUCAGUUCGCUUUCCUUCCUGACCUUCAUGCAGGCCCAGGCCAUGGUCGGCAUGAGCGCCGUGCACAUGCCCCCCAUCGUUCAGGCCUGGACCCAGAACUUCCAGUGGAGCAUGGGUAUCAUCCACCUCGGCAUUCUGCAGCGCCUCUGCACCUGGUUCCAGCGCGCCACCGGCGGCACGCCCACCACCUUGCUCUCCGACCUGUCCCACACCUCCGUCAUCGUGCAGAAGCGGUCCUUGACCUCGCUGCUGUUGCCGCGUGCGGACGACAGCAGCAACGGCCAACAGGUCACCGUGCGCGGCAUCGAGCGCGUCGGCUUCAACCUCAAGAUCGAGCCCAGCAACAUCUUCAUGACCAGCUACUUCUUCUACUACUUCGUCGUCGUCGUCAUCCUGAUCGUCACCAUGCUGGUCAAGCUGGCCUGGAAGUUCUUGGGCCCGCGCAUGAACGCCCGCCUUUCACUGACCGCCGGCUGGUCCACACUGACGCGGGGCACGCUCUUCCGUCUGAUGUUCGUUGGCUACACGCAGAUGUGCGUGCUGUUUCUCUGGGAGCUGACGCACCACGACUCGGGCGCCGAGAUGGCCCUGGCCAUUUCCAUGUGGCUGCUGACCUCUCUGGCCCUGGGCUGGACCACCUUCAAGAUCUUCCAGCGCGCGCGCCGCUCCCUCGACAUGCACAACAGCGCCGCCUACACCCUCUACUCCGACCCGGCCUGCUUAAACAACUGGGGAUUCCUGUACAUCUACUACCGCGCCACCGCCUACUACUUCCUCGUGCCCAUGCUGGCUUACACCGUCGUCAAGGGCAUGGUGAUUGCCUUCGCCCAGUCCGCCCCCGUCGCCCAGACCGCCGUCAUCCUCGUCAUCGAAGCCGUCAUGCUGGUCACCGUCAGCGUGAUGCGUCCCUACAUGGACAAGGGCAUGAACAUCUACGGCAUCGCUGCCGCCGCCAUCAACUUCCUCAACGCCGUCUUCCUACUCAUCUUCAGCAACGUGUUCCACCAGCCGGGCCUCAUGACCGGCAUCAUGGGCGUCAUCUUCUUUGUCUACAACGCCAUCUUCGCCAUCGUCUUGCUUUUCUGGAUCCUCCUGGGUCUCUACCACGCCGUGCGCCUCAAGGAGCCCGACUCGCGCUACCAGGUUCUCGGCGACGACCGUAACUCCUUUAUCCGCACCAACCAGCCCAUGACCACCGAGAUGGACGCCCUGGGCAAGAGCGCCCGCGGCGACCUGCGGUUCCAGUCCUUGGGGGAUGAUGAUUGGAGUCCUAUGCGGGAGAAGGGUCAUCUGGGACCGUCGAAUCCAUAUGCUAUGGGCGGAGGGCGGUCGCAGACCGACGUGGUCGAUCUUUCGGUACCGUUGGUACCGAGUACAGAGUACGCAAGACGUCCAGGAAUGAUCUAA